AUGCCCGCCUCCAAAUCAGAAAGCAAAAAAACACCGCAGCUAGGUAGCGACGACUUAGUGCCGUUUGACCAUGCCGCUGCAGGACAUGACGGUGUUCGAUGCACCCUAUCCGGCUCGCUGAUUGCCAAACCGUGUACACGCCAGGAAGUGGAAUUCUACGAAUCCAGCGCUCUUCAUCCGAGAGUCCAGGAAUUCAUGCCUUUGUUCAUCGGUUCUCUCUCCUCCGCCGAACAGCAGCAACCGCUGGCGAUCGCUGCUGCUCAGCAGUCAGGCGCCAUCUUUCUGCCCGCGCCGGACUCUGCGACCCCUCCGGUCGCCCCAGCUGUGAUGUCGGGGUCGCAGACCAACCUAGGGUCAGCACCAGUAGACCCAGCCCUCCCCUCCGAAUCUGCAUGGGUGCCCUCAGAAGGCAAAAAGCUCGAUACUGGUCUAUCGAUUGUCCUUGAGAACGUGGCCUCGGGUUUCCGCCGACCCAACGUGCUAGACGUCAAGCUAGGUGCACGAUUGUGGGCAGAUGACGCACCCCCUGCGAAGCGCACCAAAUUGGACAUAGUCGCAAAGGAGACCACAAGCUCCAGUUUAGGGUAUCGCAUCGCUGGGAUGAAAGUGUGGACGGGAGAAAACGGGGAAACAGACGAAGGUGCUCUUACGGAUCCCUAUGCCACCAAGUAUGAAGGUCGAGAAGGCGCGAAGGGGGAAGUGAUUGAAAAGGAUGGCUACCGGCGCUACGACAAAUGGUACGGGCGAUCGUUCACCGAGCGAACAGUCAAGCAAGGCUUUGAAGCAUUUCUGGCGGGAGCCAAAGCAGGCCUAGCAGACCGCUCCAAAAUGAUCGCUCGACGGCUUGCGGAGGAAUUGCGCAACGUGCAAGAUGCUCUUGAAUCGGAGGAGAGUCGCAUGUAUUCUGCAAGCGUAUUGAUCGUAUAUGAGGGUGACCCGGAAGCGAUGGAGUUUGCUUUGGAGGAAGAAAAGAAAAUCUCGGAGUCAGCCCACCAACAAGAAACGGGCGGCGAUUCGGAUGACGGUGAUGACGAAAAUCAAGUUCUGUUUGAAAUCAAUGAGGAAUCGGUGGAACUUGUUGAUGUUCAGCUCGGUGAUGGUAUGCCCCGACAGGCGAUCAACAUCACCAUCGACCCUUCCACAGUCGAGGCUGUCAAUCUGGGUGAGACUGACGAGGACGAAGACGAAGAAGAAACGCCCAAAGUUCAUGACCUCCGUCUGAUCGACUUUGCUCAUGCGCAGUGGACACCCGGUCUGGGUCCGGAUGAAAACAUGCUGUUGGGCAUUAGAAACCUUGUCCGGAUGUUUGAGGAGUUGGCAACGUGA